AUGGCUCUUGCAUGUGCAGGACUUUCAAGCACCCAGCUGCAGGCCGCAGUAGAAGACGAGAAUACCAGCCAGGCUUUUAUAGACAAGGUGUGCCAAGACACCCGCAAGAGGGCUGCAGAAGCCACCGUGUGGCAGUGCACCGAUGCCCGGGAGCUCGACUUUGCUUUCUUUACCCCCUUUCCACGUCCUCGCAUGUUGCUGCACCAAGCUAUGCCAGUCAUAUGGUUGACUCAGCUUGCGCUGUGGCCAACGUUGCUGUCCAAGUUCCUUCAGAUGAUCCGCUGCGUGCCAAUGCGGGAAGACUUGUUGCAGGAAACGAAGUCUGUACAGCGCUUGGCUUUGCAUCCAGACGUGAAGUGCUGGAAGGAAGAUCACUUUGCUUUGGUCGCAGUUGCCUUCACAGGAUUAUCUCUGUGGUGCGUGGGUGUUCCCUUAUUGCUCUUUAUUCAGAUCUGGAAACUGAAGGAUCGACAAGAUGCAAACAACUACCGUAGGUACGGCUUCUUCAUCCGAGGUCUAGAGCCAAGAUACUGGUAUUGGGACAUUCUUGUGAAGAGGGCAGACACCUGUUUGAUGCUAUUGGUGGCGAACACAUCUAUAGCGGAUGACAACAAUGCCAAGUUGCUCCUAUUUCCGUUGAUUUCUGGGCUAAUGCUCGCAAUCAAUAACUGGUACAAGCCUUAUUCAAACGGCCAGGCCCAGAUUUUGGACUACAUUGAAUUCAUCCUGCUGCUCACAAGGUUUGUACUCUUUAGCAGCGUUUCUGCGUUGCUUAUCUUCUUCCCCGGAGAAGAAGCUGUUUCCGUUGUGGGCGGGCUCCUGCUUGGGAUGCUUGGCGCUUCCGCAUUUUACGCCGGUCUACAGACUUUGGCGCAAGCAUUGCGCAGUUCCGCAGGUCUCAGCAGCGAGCAACACCACUUCCACGGGAAAGAGGACACAUGUAGCUUCAUGUUACGUUCCUGGAACUGUGCACAGUAG